CCCGUCACCUACUUCGACAUCUCGGAACACAGCGCGCCCGCCCCCUUCCUGGGAGUGAUUGACUUGGAAGCCUUGGGAAAGAAGGGAUACAGCGUCCCCAAAGCUGGAACCAUCCAAGUGACCUUAUUUAACCCCAACAAAACUGUGGUGAAGAUGUUCCUGGUGACGUACGACUUCCAGGACAUGCCAGCCAACCACGUGACCUUCCUGCGCCACCGCAUCUUCCUGGUGCCUGUGGAGGAGGAGGGGCCCAGCGACUCGGCCUGCGCCGGCCUGCCACGGAGGGUGCUCUGCUACCUGAUGCACUUGAGGUUUCACAGCUCCAAGUCGGGGAAGAUCUACCUUCACGACGACAUCCGGCUGCUCUUCUCCCGCAAGUCCAUCGAGGUCGACUCGGGCAUCCCCUACGAACUGAAAUCCUUCACGGAGAUGCCAAGGAACCCCUGCUACUCCCCCCGGGCCUGAGGGCGGGGAGCCCCCGCGCUUCCUAGACAAGUAAAGGGCAAGAGAGUGGA